AUAAUUAAUUAUUUAUCGUUCUUUUGAAAUUUUCUAUAUCUUUUUAGUGUUCCAAAGUGGUUGAUGAAUUUUUGUUUUUCUGAUUCAAAUUAAGUUCUUGUCCAUCUUCAAAGUAAAACUUUAAAAGUCCCACCAUGCUUUUUUUUUUUUUUUUCAUUUAAACUGUUUUAAUGCAAGUUUCAAUGAGGGGGCUCGAAACCCAGCAUGCUGUGUUUUUGCAUGAAACAAUUUGAAUUUGAACUGUUGAAUGGUGUUCAUAGAGGUUAUGAAAUCAAGUUCUAGGAACAAAGUCACAAAGACAGUGGAGAUUGAGAUUUUUGUGUUUGUGUUUGAUUCCAUGGCUUGAUCAGAAUGUUUUUUUUUUUUGGAUGCUUUCUGUAGAAGCCAAACAUUGACGGGUGUUUGUUCAUUUAAGAAAAGGUCAGCAGGCUCAGCAAAUGCCAAUUCUGUACUUGGGUUUUGGUUGAAAGCCAAAAGAAACUUUGAUAAAAGCAUUUCCAAGCUGAUGAUUUCUAUAAUUGUCUCAUCUUGAAUUACUUAUUAUUCUGGUAACAAUAUUGAAAUUUCACAUUCAAAAAGCAUGUGAUUGGACAAUUUCGGAUCCAUAUUAUUCAUAUCAGUUAUAGUCUUAGAAGAAGUUGCUUGAAUAUUAGAUCAACCUGGGUGCUGAUAAUAUAUUUUGUAGCAGCAGUUGGCUAGUUAUGGAGGAUCUAAACAGGUUGUACCCAGGAGCAUUGCCCGAUAUUCCAAUGUCUGAGAUGAAGGGUGCAACUCUAGAUAAGCUCGUAUGUUACAUGUUUAGAAGCUGGCAUAUUUCUGGAAUGCCUUGAAAUCUAUCGCUGAAUCAUGGAUGAAGAACAGCCAACAAAUGGUUACAUUACAGAACAAAAAUGUGGAGCAACUUGUUGGUGUAGUGGCAACACUUGAUUGCUUGAUUAAGGCUGCAAAAGAAUUGUUUGAUAUGAAGGAGGAAAACUUUACUGACUUCCAUUUAAACAAAGUUGAAGAGUUAGCCAAUGAUUCUUGUUCAACAAUUCCUGAGAAAACUCCUAAAAUUGAGGCUACUCAAAGUUUUAACUCCAUGGAGCUGAAGAAUCAGACAGUUGAAUUGCAGCCAAGCGAGAAAGAUGUGAUGAACAAAUCUAGUAUAAAUGGGAUAACCACUGAGAAGGGAGAAGCUGAUCAAAUUGGCAAAGCAAAUGCAGCCCCUCUGCCGUCAAAAGUAUCAAUGCAGUCAGUACCACCUCCACCACCACCUCUUGUGCCUUCAAAAGUAUCAAUGCAAUCAGCACCACUGCAACCGGCACCUCCUGUGCCUUCAAAAGGAUCAAUGCAACCAACACCACCACCACUGCCACCUUUUGUUCCUUUAAAAGGAUCAAUGCAACAAGUACCGCCACCACCCCCACCUCCCAUGCCUUCAAAAGGAUCAAUGCAACAAGUACCGCUGCCACCCCCAACUCCCAUGCCUUCAAAAGGAUCAAUGCAACAAGUACCGCUGCCACCCCCAACUCCCAUGCCUUCAAAAGGAUCAAUACAACAAGUACCACCACCUCCCCUGCCUCCCAUGCCUUCAAAAGGAUCAAUACAACAAGUACCACCACCACCCCCAUCUCCCAUGCCUUCAAAAGGAUCAAUGCAACAAGUACCGCUGCCACCCCCACCUCCCAUGCCUUCAAAAGGAUCAAUGCAACAAGUACCACCACCUCCCCCGCCUCCCAUGCCUUCAAAAGGAUCAAUACAACAAGUACCACCACCAUCCCCAUCUCCCAUGCCUUCAAAAGGAUCAAUGCAACAAGUACCGCCGCCACCCCCACCUCCCAUGCCUUCAAAAGGAUCAAUGCAACAAGUACCACCACCUCCCCCACCACCCAUGCCUUCAAAAGGAUCAAUGCAACACGUACCACCACCACCUCCACCUCCCAUGCCUUCAAAAGGAUCAAUGCAACAAGUACCACCACCUCCCCCACCACCCAUGCCUUCAAAAGGAUCAAUGCAACACGUACCACCGCCACCCCCACCUCCCAUGCCUUCAAAAGGAUCAAUGCAACAAGUACCGCUGCCACCCCCACCCCCCAGGCCUUCAAAAGGUUCAAUGCAACCUUUGCCUUCAAAAGGAUCAAUUCAACCACCACCACCACCUCCUGUGCCUUCAAAAGGAAUUGAGCCACCCCCUGCACCACCUCUGAGAAGGGGUCCUGGCCCCCCACCACCUCCUCCCCUUGCUGUUGCCAGAACCCAGAAUCAAAAGGGCGCAAGAGCCAAGUUAAAGAGAUCAACCCUGAUGAGUAAUCUGUUUCGAGAUCUCAAGGGAAAGAUGGAAGGAACUAAUGCAAAUGUUGGAUCAGCUCAAGGAAGGAAGAAGCAGCUUGGAGGUUCCUCAGGAGGAAAAGAAGGAAUGGCAGAUACAAUGGCAGAAUUAGCGAAGAGAUCAUCAUACUUUCAACAAAUUGAAGAAGAUAUUAAAAACCAUUCAAAAACAAUUUUGGAGUUGAAGGUAGCCAUCAGUUCAUUCAAAGCAAAGGACAUGGCUAUGCUGGUGAAGUUUCAAAAGAAAAUAGACUCUUUUCUUGAAGUCUUAACAGAUGAAUCACAGGUGCUAGUAAAAUUUGAAGAUUUUCCCACAAAGAAGCUGGAAGCAUUAAGGGCUGCAGCAGCUCUCUACUCCAAACUAAACUUAAUAGUCAUCAAUUUGAAGCACUGGGAGAUAUUGCCACCAUUGGAACACCUCUUGAACAGGUUUGAUAGUUAUUUCACCAAGGUGAAAAUGGAAGUGGAUGCAUUAGAAAGGAUAAAAGAUGAGGAAGCCAAGAAAUUCAAGAGUCAGAAUAUUGAUUUUGAUUUCAAUAUGCUUAUACUCAUCAAGGAGCUUAUGAUUAAUGUUUCCUCCAGCUGCCUCGAGCUGGUACUUAAGGAAAGGAGAGAAACAAAGGGAGAUAUAAAAUUGCUAUGGAGAGCUUUCAAAUUGGCAUUCAGGGUAUAUAGUUUUGCUGGUGGCCAAGAUGAUCGUGCUGACUACUUAACCACAAAACUCGCCGAUGAAAUUUUGGCUCUUUCUCCAAAUCCAUAAAUUUUUUUUUGUUUUUGAAAAAAUAUCAUUUCAUAAAGAUGUAGUGUUGGUGAUAGAUAUGAGGGUUGUAGUGUGUAUAGAUAGAUUUUUUCAAUUAAUGAAAAAUUUAAAAAUAUUUUAUAAGUUUAAA